AUGGGAGACAUCCCCUCUCCACAAACAGCUUCUGUUCAGACUGCUGAGCCCCAGGGAAACAAAAUAACACUGCCAGCAGCAUCCACCGCCUCUCCUCCCAAGUCCACUUCAGCAGCUGCACCAUCGCGCCGACGUCCUUCCUCUACCCGACAAUCUUCCUAUGGACACACUGGUACGCCGUUUCCCGAGCAAUUCGACAGACAAAAUGUCGUCUCACCUCCGGCUCACGAGGCUGGACCUUUCAACAUGGCACCUAUGGCCGGUGCCUUGCCUCAUGGAGGCUACCAACAUCCACUGCUGCCAGGGGGCCAUGCCCAGUACAGCCAGCAUUCGCCACCAGUCAUGCAGCACAUGCCACAGAACCCAUACGUUGGACACCAUCCUGGCUCAAUGAUGAUGCUAGGAUACUAUUAUCAGCAACCACAAAUGCACCAAUACUACCCGAACCUUCAACCAAACCAUCACGGCCCGCUUCCGAUGCAAGGACGAGGCCAUCCAGGCUACUACCCAGUUCCCUUUGUCAUGGAACACCCACAAUCCCCCGGAUACUAUCCACAACCACCUCAGUUUCCUGAGCCAGCUCCCCAACGGCCUGAUAUAAUGAACCGACGGUAUAGCCAAGGGCAAAUCCAUCACCAAGGGUGGAAUCAACCUCGAAGAUCGUCGCGCGGAACAAGCAAAUCUUUCAGAGACCAGCCAUCACCACCAAUCGACGCCAAACGGCAACAACAACAAAACGCGGCCCGUGGACCACCACGAAAACCCCAUCAAAGUGGUCACGCUAUAUGGAUAGGAAACCUACCACCACAGACCGAAUUGUUGACACUCGUGCAGCACGUCUGCGAGUUGGCUCCGGGACUCCAGUCCCUGUUCUUGAUCUCGAAGAGCAACUGUGCGUUUGCCAACUUCAAAGAGGAUACAGCUUGCAUCCAAGCACAGAAUGUUAUCCAUGAAUCCAAGUUUCAGUCUGUACGAUUGGUAUGCCGACUUCGGAAGAGCUCUACCGAGGCAGCCCUCGAGAGCCAUGUUGUCAUUGUUGAUGGCACGAGCAAUCCUACAUCACCUACUCUCGCAAGCGAUCCAAACGGAGAAAGCAGAUCGCCAACAGUUGAAAACCCAGAUCUUGUCGAGGCUGUUGUAGCACAACUGGACAAGAAAGCGGGCAAUGCCCACCGGGAUCGAUUCUUUGUUCUCAAGAGCCUGACUCGGGAGGACAUGGAACAGAGUGUCAAAACUAGUAUUUGGGCUACUCAAUCCCACAACGAGCAGCUCUUGAAUAACGCUUUCAAGUCUACCGAUAAUGUUUACCUGAUAUUCUCGGCCAACAAGUCUGGAGAGUAUUUUGGAUUUGCUCGAAUGACAUCGGAAAUCAACCAAGAUCCAAGUGCCGCAAUUCAGCUUGCGCCACAAAACCAGGCAACUAUCGAAAGCGACUUGCCACAGGCCGUCUCGAUCGAAGCGAAGGGCGCUAUUCCGAAAGGACAUGUUAUCGAUGACUCUACACGAGGAACCAUGUUUUGGGAGAUUGACGGGCCUGAGCACGAUGGCGAAGCUGCAGAUGAAAACGAAGCCACGAGUCACAAGGAAGAGGAAGACGUGGACGAGGACUUGCAGACGCAGGGUAAACCAUUCCAUCUGCAAUGGUUGUCUAUUGUCCCCUUGCCGUUCUAUCGCACUAGAGGGCUGCGGAAUCCUUGGAACUCGAACCGCGAAGUCAAGAUUGCGAGGGAUGGCACGGAGCUUGAGCCCUCGGUUGGACGUCGACUGAUCGGCUUGAUGAACAACAACUCCAACGUAGGGCGUUCUUCGGGCUGCAUUCCUGCAUAUUUGGGGCCUAAUGGGCACCAAUGA